GUGCCGAAGACGCGCAAAGACUUCUGUAAGCGGUACCGCGAAGCGGCCAAACUGAACGAGAUGGUGGUCGCGAAGAUUGAGAGCGUGCCGGCAAGGGAUGCUAUCGAGGCGGGAGUGUGCAUGGGAGGCAUCGCAGAGAAGUUUCGUGUCGCCCUGAACGAGGUGCGGAGGACCAGGUACGCGGGGGAGAUUGCGGCGCAUAUCCGCAAGAAGGCCCACGCGGCGUUCAAGGCGGCGAUGAAAUCGGAACCGUCCCAGCAGCCCACUGCCCAAGAACGCAAGAAGAGGAUGACGAAGCUCGAGAAGCGCAAGCAGCUUGCGGACACCAAGCACAUCAUCAUAGGGGGUACGAGCGCGAAGUUUUCCAAUUGCGAGCAGUGCGAAACGAGGGUGCCGGAACACAGAGCCACGCGGAGCUGGUUGAGAGAGCCACGCGCGGAGGUGGUGGCCAAGGAGGCGUCGCCUUCCGGUGCGAAUCCGAGCCAGGAUGUCCAGGCGGGCCUGCAGAAG